UGGAUGAAACGAAGAAAGAAGCUGUCGAGGAAGAAGCUCGCGCACGCGAGGCGCUAGCAGAAAAGGCGAGAGACAUCGACGCAGCUAAAGAUAAAGCAACUGCGGAAUUAAAAUCAGUAAAAGAUAAUGUGAAAACUACUGUAAAAGAGACAAAGGAUUCAGUUUCUGGGAAAAUAUCUGAAGGAGUACAUAAAGCAUCAGACGUAGGUAAAACUGUAGGUGGAAAAGUUAUCGAUGGAGUGAAAAUAGUAGAAGCAAAAACAGAAGCAACUGCACGAGACAUUGCUGAAGGUGCUAAAACAGCUAAGGAUAAAGUAGUUACUGACGCGAAGGAUGCUAAAGAUGCAGUUACAACCGCUGCCAAAGACGCCAAAGAUAAGGUAAGCAAGAAAGUAUCCGAAGAUGCACAGGCGGUUACUAGCAUUGGUAAAGCAGUUACUGAUAAAAUAGUUGAAGGAGCCAGAGACACCGAAGCAAAAGUAGAAUCAGCUGCACGAAGCGUGGCUGAUAAUGCGAAAGCCGCAAAAGAUAAGGUUGCUGAAGAGGUCAAGGAAGAGACUGAAAUGGCAAAACGAAAGAUAACAUCCGGAAUAGACACAGUGGUGGAUGGCACAACAGCUGCAAAAGAUAAGGCUGGAAAGGAAGUUAAAAAAGCCAAAGAAAAGACCGGUGGUUUUCUGUCAGGAUUGAUUAAAGGUGUCAAACACACAGCAGAUGAGGUUUCAGGAGACGUCAGAGAAUUCGUUGAUGAGACGAAGAAAAAAGCCGCUGAAGAGGAAAUGCGUGCUCGUGAAGCACUUGCUAGCAAAGCAAAAGAAGUUGACACGGUAAAACAACAAGCUGUUGCUGGUAUGGAAGUCGCCAAGGACAAAGUUACAGCUGGUGUAAAGGACACUAGGGACAAAGUUAGUGAGAAAGUAACUGGUGCCGUGCAAAAGGUAUCUGAUGCUGGUAGAAUUGGCGGCGAUAAAGUUAUCGAGGGAGCGAAAAGCGUAGAAGCAGAAGCAGAAACUGUUAUACGAGAAGUCGCUGAGGGUGGUAAGGCAACUAAGGAUAAAGUAGUUAUGGAUGUAAAAGAUGUUGGAGAGAAAGUUUCAACUACUGCAAGGGAUGCGAAGGACAAAAUCAGUCAAAAGGUACUUGGUGCUGCAUAUGCUAUAUCGGAUGCUGGCAAAGCUGUAAGCGUUCAAGCUACUGAUGCGGUUAAGAAAACGGAAGAAAAAGUAGGAACAGCUGUUCAGGGUACGACCGAUGGAGCGAAAGCAGCGAAAGAAAAAUUGGUCACAGAAGUUAAGGAGGAUGCUUCUAUCGUAAAACAAAAAGUCUCAUCUGGAGUGGACACAGUCGUGAAUGGAGCAAAAACAGCGAAAGACAAAGCUUCGAAGGAGGGUAAAAAGGCCAAGGAAAAGAGUGGAGGCUUCUUUUCUGGCCUCAUUAAAAGCGCAAAACACGCUGCGGAUGAAGUAUCUGGCGAUGUGAAAGAGUUUGUCGAUGAAACGAAAAAGGAGGCCGUAGAGGAAGAAGCUCGUGCCCGAGAGGUGGCGUCUGGAAAAAGAAAAGAUGUUGAUGCUGCUGUGGGUAAAUCCGUUGCAGAUGCGAGAGCUACCAAAGACAAAGUUCAAACUGGCGUAAAAGAAACCAAAACCAUAGUCAGCACGAAGGUGUCUGAGAGUGUACAAAAGGUAUCGGAUGCCGGCAAAGCUGUUGGCGAAAAGCUGUAUGAUACAGAAAGAUCUUUCGAAGAAAUGUUACCGAGUCAAGUAGAACAAAGGUACGUCGUAGAUAGCAGCCAACAUAAAAGCGGCGUAACUGCAUUUUUAGAAGAAAUGAAUCGCGAUGCAGCGUGGGACAAAGUACAAUUUCAAGACGUUCAUUUGUACGAAAACGUGGACACCAUGUACGCCAAGCAAGCGAAGCCCGAAUCAAGAACUCUAAAACAUGGGAGAGACGUGAAAUCUACGACAGAAAUUGUUACCCCUUUAGUUUUCGGUACACACGAUCCUAUUUUUGGCGUAGGUUCCGAGGCACAGCUCAGAUUGUCCGAUGUAAGCACUAAAGACGAUGAUCGUGUCAGCGAAUCGAUACCCAAGAAAAUAUCUCGCAUUCCACAAAAAGUUAGUUCCUCGAGAGACCGAUUAACUAGCUCCAGUAGUUCGUCGGAUAGUUCCAGUAGUACGGUUAGAAUAGUAAACGUGAUUAGCGAAGUAGAGCACCUCGAGCCUCACACACGACAGACCGUCACCACAGUCGUAAGAAAGUCUGUGCGGACGGCAGCGACCCCACCACCCAGUCCCGCCGAGUACACUGACAGUAGAAUCGAAGAUGUUACCGAAGAGGCUGCAAGACGAGCACAGAGUUUAGCCGAUCAAGCACUAUCAUCGACAAAAUCAGGGCAUGAUUCGGCUGAGAUUGAUGGGACUGUAGAGAGGCAUGCUACUUCUGCUCCAACAAAGCAACCUGUUCCCGCCCCGCGACACUCUACCAGGUCGUCCAUCGAAACAGAUCUAGAGUUCGGAGAAGCUUCCGAAGUCUACUGCAGGCCGUACAGUCUCAAGUAUAAAACAAACGAGCAAUCGAAGCCGCUCCGAGAAGGGCAUUCCCCGGAAAAGAGCAGCCCAAAAAGUAAAAUACCGGUGAAAGUAAAGAAAUCUAUGGAUAACGAAACGACGGUGAGCAAAACAAUAACCGAGUCGAAGGAACGUAAAACACUAAAAUCAGACGACGAUCAGCCAAAAGUGACGAUAGAUUCACUCGCCACGCGGUCGAUAGAUUUAGUAGAACGCUCUGACAAGUUGUUCGAGGAGCUGUCAGAGGAACCGCUCGGGGAGAAAGAAGCGCGACAACUGGAAGAAGAUAAGGAGAAGAGCGAUUCGAUAAAACCCGAAGUAUCGGACGAAACGAGACCUACGACUGAAACAGCAGAUAUGCGUGACAAUUUAUUCGAUUCUGAGAAGUUCGAACAGAUAGGUGAAACCGUAAAGAAAGUAGAGACCGUAACAGUCACGACUAAAGAAGAUAAAGAAACAGAUUUAUCCAGACCGGAUAAAUUUGUCACGACAGAGACGACGAUUGUAGAGAAUUUGCCAAGCAGUUACGAUAGCGCGACUCGUACAACGAUAUCGAAGGUUCAGAGAAGCGUCACAGACGAAGUGGUCUCGAGGGAGAUCGUGACGAAGACGGUGACGACUGUACGGUGUUUCGCGACCGAAUCCAUUGACACGGAACAAACGGGACGAAUCGCAAGAGCUAUGGCGGCUAGUGGCGAUUACGGUGAUAUACCGAUGCCAGUUGUAAAAGGCCGUGAUAGUUUGCCGUUCAAUAUCGAACAGCUAUCGGCAAAGAUCAUAAAGAGCACUACCGAGAUGUCUGAGCCGUGGGCCCAUGGCAGUCUGACAGAUCGUUCGUUCCUGAACGACGAGAAAGUAGAGCAAUGGGAGAGCCAACUCUCUCAAGACACGUCGCCUAGUUCCGGUAAUGGCGACAUGUAUACUAAAAAUGGUAGCUCGCGGCAUGAUUUAAACAGCGAUACUGAAAGUGACGAUUCACCACGAUCGAGGAGAAGAUCUCCAAGCAAGAGGUGUACAUUGGGCAGUUCCAGCGGGUCUGAUGUAGCACUGCACGAAGGUGCGGAACUGUCCCCGUUGGAGGACGACCAAGGUACCGCACUCACAGCUAACCUUCUAAAAUCUGACUUUUUGCAACUUAGCGAGCCAUCCUACAUGGAAACGACAACGACAGAAGAGGACCCUGAAACUCAGGAAAGAAUAACGAGAACCGUACACGUAAUCACAACGACCAGCGGAACCGCCAGUGGUCCAGACGAAUUGCGAGAGUCCAUGCAGAAGAUCGUCGAUCGAUUCAUGAUGGAAGAAAGGCGAGAACAGUGAAGCAACAAGGGUCUCGUGGGCGAUUAUUGGAACAAGAAGAAAUUCCUUGUCAUCUGCUAAUCGUGCAUAAUAAAACACGAAAAAAAUCAAUUAUAAAAAAAAGCAAAUUCUCUAGCACUAAUCAAAGGAAGCACCUGUCUUGUCUGAUUUAACGUAUCCUCGAACGUUAAACGAGACAAUUCUAUAAAUAAAAUAAAAAUAAAAUCAAAAAAUGAAGAGUAUCUAUCUAUCGAUAUAGAUCCUGUUCGCGUCUAUAUCAAAUAAUAUAGCGAAUUAUUCUAUCGGUGCUUGGUGAAAACACAUGAAAAAUAUGCACGACAAUUUACUCUCACACUCAUGGCCUAUGCUUCGGAUUUGCUUGCCUUUCGGUUGCAUUAAGUUGCCUUAUAUAUUUACGUUUAAUCUUGCGAUUAAAUAACGUAUGUCGUCGCUAGUCCGACUAGCUGACUUCGCUAGUCUUCACUAAGCCAACCCGUCCAUGUACAACGCCUUUCUCGUGUUGUUCAAAGCGAAAAAAGAAACAGAAAGAGAAAACUAACGAAGGAGCAAACGCUUACAGGAACAAUAUGGACAAAAGCAAUGAAAGAGAAAAAAAAAAAGAAAGAUGAAAUCGUAAAAGAAAAUAUUCGUCUGAGAUGCAGGCCCGACCAAACAUUACGGCGAUAUAUAUUUGAUAGACACUUUUGAAAUAUGGAACAGAUACGCGAGAUGGAAUCGAAAAAGAGCAGAUGUUCGGUGACUUUGCAUAACUCGCCACUUGGCAGUUCGUUUUAGCUUUAGGAUGAUUGUAUAUCUAUCCGCGCAAUAUACCGCUUGAUAGGUCAGCAACACUCGUGUCACGUUUUUUGAUGAUGAACUGCACACAUACACACACAUACACAGAUUCUAAAAGAAGAAACAAAUUCUUGUUGUUAUUCGAAUCAUUGGAAAUUUGGACAAGGUGCAAAAUUGGGGAACUUGUUUGGGAAAGUGCGAACUAUGUCCGUCUAUCUGCCGAUUUGAAUAGCUACAAGAAAUAAAUGUUUUCGUGGAUCAUAAUACAAUGUAAAUUUAACUUAUUUAAAAGAAUAUUUCCUAACAAUUUUUAAUUGUAUAUAUGAUAAUUUCUUAGCGUAACUUAUAUAAAUGUACUAUUAUACGAUUGUAAUAAUUGCAAGAUUAAAACAUGAAUAUUUUAUUUAUAUAGCGGAAUCAUUGGACAAAUGUUACAUGCAUAAAUCUCGAGAUUGGAGGGAAUGUUAAUCGACGAUCUAUUCUUCGUAUCGCGAUCGUGUAAAUUAUUAAAAUUAUUAUAAAAGAAAAAAGAGAAACGAAAGAGGAGGCAAAUGGCAUGAUGACUAUAGAGAAAAAUGUGUUGUUUAAACUCUUACGACUCGAAACACGUCUUAAUAUUUAAGCAGCGUUAGCUUUCAAUGUAUAACACAGUUUUAAAAGGCACAGAAAGGAAUCGUAUAUAGUAUGUAUUUAAAAGAAAAAAUAUAUAUAUACAUAUAUACAUAAAUAUACAUACUUUAAAUAAGCUAUUCUAUUAAUGUAUAAUAUAUUGAGAAGAUAUAAUUAUGCAUCUGAAGUUUAUAAAUUAUUAUCUAUAAUGACUGUUAUUCUAUGUUUAAUAGACUUGCCUAGAGCCUAUUUGACCUAAGGACCAAAGGCACAAUCACACACGCAUCAAAAUAAAACAUUAUGCUCCUA